AUGGCUUUCAGUAAAGGAUACCGUGUCUAUCACAAGCUGGAUCCACUUCCAUUCAGUGUCAUAGUGGAAACCAGAAACAGAGAAGAGUGUCUCAUGUUUGAAUCCGGAGCUGUCGCUGUCCUCUCUUCUGCAGAAAAAGACACAAUCAAGAAUACCUACUCCAAAGUAAUGGAUGCAUAUGGGCUCUUGGGUGUAUUAAGAUUAAACCUUGGAGACACAUUGUUACAUUAUCUGGUUCUAGUAACAGGAUGCAUGUCUGUGGGAAAGAUUCAAGACUCUGAAGUUUUUCGAGUUACUUCCACUGAAUUUGUGUCGUUACGAAUGGAUUCAACAGACGAGGAUCGUAUUUCUGAAGUGCGCAAAGUUUUGAACUCGGGAAACUUUUAUUUUGCAUGGUCUGCAACUGGUGUCAGUUUAGAUCUUAGUCUCAAUGCUCACCGCAGCAUGCAGGAGCACACCACUGACAAUAGGUUUUUCUGGAACCAGUCACUGCAUUUACAUCUGAAGCACUACGGUGUAAACUGUGAUGACUGGUUGUUACGUCUCAUGUGUGGAGGAGUGGAGAUAAGGACAAUUUAUGCGGCUCACAAGCAGGCAAAGGCUUGUCUCAUUUCACGACUGAGCUGUGAAAGGGCUGGCACCAGAUUUAACGUCCGGGGAACAAACGAUGAUGGUCACGUUGCGAAUUUUGUCGAAACGGAGCAGGUGAUAUAUUUAGAUGACUCUGUGUCAUCUUUCAUACAGAUUCGAGGAUCUGUUCCAUUAUUUUGGGAACAGCCAGGCCUGCAGGUGGGAUCCCAUCGUGUCAGAAUGUCAAGGGGUUUUGAGGCGAAUGCACCAGCUUUUGACAGACAUUUUCAAACUCUUAAAAAUUUAUAUGGCAAGCAAAUUAUUGUAAAUUUACUUGGGGCAAAAGAAGGGGAGCACAUGCUUAGCAAAGCUUUUCAGAGCCAUCUGAAAGCAUCUGAACAUUCAGCUGAUAUCAAAAUGGUCAACUUUGACUAUCAUCAAAUGGUUAAAGGUGGAAAGGCAGAAAAACUACACAGUGUGCUUAAACCUCAAGUCCAGAAAUUCUUAGAGUGUGGAUUUUUUUAUUUUGAUGGAAAGGAAGUUAAAAGAUCUCAAAGCGGUACUGUCAGAACAAACUGCUUGGACUGUUUGGAUAGAACAAACAGUGUGCAGGCUUUCUUUGGCUUAGAGAUGCUAACAAAACAACUGGAGGUAUUAGGAUUAGCUGAGAAGCCUCAGUUGGUUACUCGCUUUCAGGAAGUUUUCCGAUCCAUGUGGUCUGUGAAUGGUGAUUCUGUCAGUAAAAUUUAUGCUGGAACUGGUGCCCUUGAAGGAAAAGCUAAGGCUGGAAAGCUGAAGGAUGGUGCUCGUUCUGUGACCAGAACGAUUCAAAAUAACUUUUUUGAUAGCUCCAAGCAGGAGGCCAUUGAUGUUUUGUUAUUGGGAAAUACCCUAAAUAGUGAUUUAGCAGAUAAAGCACGGGCUCUCUUAACCACCAGCAGUUUACGCGUUUCAGAACAAUCAUUACAAUCAGCAUCUGUAAAAGUGCUAAAGAGUAUGUGUGAAAACUUUUAUAAGUAUGCAAAACCGAAAAAAAUUAGAGUCUGCGUUGGGACGUGGAAUGUGAAUGGAGGAAAGCAGUUUCGAAGUAUUGCCUUUAGAAAUCAGACCCUCACUGACUGGCUUCUAGAUGCACCAAAGUUAGCUGGUAUUCAUGAAUUCCAAGAUCGCAAAAGCAGGCCUGUAGACAUAUUUGCCAUUGGAUUUGAAGAAAUGGUGGAGUUAAAUGCAGGAAAUAUUGUGAAUGCCAG